AUGAAGAAUCUUGGUAAAGAGAACCACAGUGAUGUGUCUGAGUUCAUUCUCCUGGGCUUCUCCAGUGAGUCACAUGUCCGAAUGGCUCUUUUCAUCUUCUUCCUCCUCCUCUACCUCACCACCCUUAUGGGCAAUGGACUCAUCAUCACCCUAAUCUACUUGGACUCACGCCUCCACACACCCAUGUACUUCUUUCUCAGUAUCCUCUCUUUAGUGGAUAUGAGCUAUGUCACCACCACUGUGCCCCAGAUGUUGAUUAAUAUGCUGUGCCCAAGGAGAACCAUCUCUUGGGGAGCUUGUGUAGCACAAAUGUUUAUUUUCUUAGUUCUGGGCAUUACUGAGUGUGUCCUCUAUGCCGUUAUGGCCUAUGACAGGUAUGUGGCUAUUUGCUUUCCACUUCACUAUACCCUACACAUGAACCAUUCCACUUGUAUCAAGAUGGUCACAGUCUGUUGUUCCAUCAGUAUAACUGGGGCCCUGAUCUAUACUGUCUUCACAAUGCACCUGCCUUACUGUGGCCCCCACAAGAUAAACCACUUCUUCUGUGAGGGUCCUGCAUUAUUGAAGUUGGCCUGUGCAGACACAUCCUUCAAUGAUCAUUUGAACUUCAUCUUGGGUUUCAUCCUGCUUCUAGUCCCACUGUCCCUCAUCCUGGCCUCUUAUGUCCCCAUAUUUGCCUCCAUAUUAAGAAUCCGCUCAUCCCAGGGAAGGCUCAAGUCCUUCUCCACAUGUGCUUCCCACAUCACUGUGGUCACCAUGUUCUAUGGGCCAGCCAUAAUGAUGCACAUGAGACCUGGCUCCUCAUAUGACCCAGAGCAGGACAAGAAGCUGGCCCUGUUCUACAAUGUUGUCUCUGCCUUCCUCAACCCCAUCAUCUACAGCCUCAGGAACAAGGAUGUAAAAGGAGCCUUUCUGAAAGUACUUGGAGGCAGACAGACAUCUCAUUGA